AAAUCGAUUUGUGGGACUAUAAUAUUGACUAAAAUAUAGUAGGGAAUUUCGUUACAUGAAUAGUGUAGGUGUAAUCUCGCGUGAAUGUAACAGAGACUAUGGUCGUUAAUAAUAGUGCAUGUAUGUGCACUCACGUUGCAAUCGAAUUAAAUAAAAAUAAUCGAAGUGUACUCUCAAGAUGCAUGAGCGAUUAAUGUUCACCGAGACUUAUGGGAGCGAGAAAGACAGAUUUUUUGUCAAAUCAAAAGACGAGCAAUCGAUAACCGAAGUAUUGUCAGACACGACAAGGACCAAGUCUUUUUAUUCUGGUUUCGUAUCGAUUGUGAAAGAGGUAUUUUUACCUCAAGGAUAUCCCGACAGUGUUCAUCCCGAUUAUACUCUCUAUCAAGUAUGGGAUACAGUUCAGGCAUUUGCAAGUACCAUAAUGGGAACUCUAACAACACAUUCCAUUAUGCAAGGGGUAGGUGUUGGCGAGGCUGAGGCAACACCAUUAGCAGCAGCUGUAACAUGGAUACUGAAAGAUGGGACUGGAAUGAUCGGUCGCAUUGUAUUUGCAUGGUGGAAUGGGACAGAUUUAGAUGGACAGUGUAAAAAAUGGAGAUUUUUUGCUGACAUUCUUAACGAUUUAGCAAUGGGAGUAGAAUUGCUCUUACCUUAUUUUUCCUCCUAUUCGCUUGUAAUAUUGUGCAUUUCGACAGCAAUGAAAUCAAUUGUUGGUGUUGCUGGUGGAGCAACAAGGGCGGCACUUGUACAGCAUCUGGCAUUACAGAAUAAUUUAGCAGACGUUUCAGUCAAAGAUGGAAGUCAAGAGACAUGUAUAAAUUUAAUAGCAUCUUUUGUAGGAAUUUUAAUACUUUCUACUGUUCAUAGUGGCAGAUACGUAAUGGAACUCUAUCUCUUUCUGGUGGUAAUACAUCUAUACGCAAAUUAUUCGGCUGUGAAAGCAUUAUGUUUAAAUUCAUUAAACGAAGAUCGUUUCGCUUUAAUAGUAAAAAGUUACUUUACGAACGAAAUCAUUCCCGAACCCGCGGAGGUUAACAGAAAUGAAUCGGUGUUGUUGUUCACAAAACCUACAAGGAGUAUAUGUGGGUUUAAUGUAAAAAUGGGAGUCUCCUUGGCUAAUCUUAUACAAAAAGAUAUAAUACCAACAAGUUACACGGAAUUAUCGUUAAAACUUUUUUUAGAUAGAAAGUAUUUGAUUUCUAUCGAUGUACAGAAUAGAACUAUUUUUGUAUGCCUCAAAAAAGAUGCACAGCCAUACGACGUCUUAGAAGCAUAUUUUCAUGCUUGUCUUUGUGGAUUGUUUAUUUGUAUGUCUUUGAAAGUGCCACUUGAUCUUUUUUUAAAACCCGAAGUAAACGAUUUAUCGUACCCGUUAAUGCGUCUUUACGUACUUAAUAAGAAGUACUCCACUUCGAAUAAUGGCGUGCAGUCGUCAAAAGCCGUAGAAAGCAUUUAUGCUACUAAUUUAUUGAUUUCUAACGAAUACAAAGCAUUUAUUAGUGGCCUUGAAAGUAAAGGAUGGAUUACAGAAAUUAAUCUGUUGCCAGUAGCAGCUUGGAGAUUUUUAUAAAAAUCAUAAAAUGGUAAAAACAAAGCACGAAGAUUAAACAGUAAAAUAUUCUUGCUUUUUUUCUUGAUAUUAUUUACCUCGAUAAAAUUUUAUAAUU